GAAGUUAUUGCACAAUAAUUAAUUAAGUUGGAAAUCCCGAAUCAUGGCGUUAAUGUCAACUCAGAUCCUCUCCCAAAAAGAAAUUGCAAGAUUCAGGAAUCGACUGAAGCACACCAUGUCUGUGGAAAUGCUUCAAAAUGGUUACCACAGAUCUUUUUCGGAGUUCUUAUUUCUGCUCAACCGUGACCAUUCCCGAAGGAUGGAAGCUCCUCCAAAUUCAUUGAUCAGUCUUCAGACCCCACUGGAGGAAGACAUGGGCAAACUGGAGGCCAUGAAGCUGCACCUGACUCAGGCUGAGGAGGCAGAGAGAACUGGCUCGUGGUCAUCAGUGUACCAGGAGCGUCUACUUCUGGCUCAGUACUUCUCAGCUCCUGAGGAUUUAUGGCUGCGGUUACACUUCUUCCUCAGCUGCACUGACAAAGAACAAGGGCUCCAUUCCAGACCGUCCGUGGAAGCUCGGGUCUGUCUGGCUGAGAUCUACUCUCAACAAGGUGAUCUGGAUCAAGCGAGGGAGCAUGCAGAGCUCUGCCUCUUGUUGUCAGGCAGUGAAGACAUGCUGGACUCAAGUGGUCAGCCACUGAGGUUGCGGGUCUGCCAAGUUCUAUGGAGGAUCUAUAGCCAGCUGGCCGACUCCCUGCAGGGCACAACAAACUUCAGUGAAGUUCUGAAGAUGCUUCACCGUGGCUAUGUCAUGACUGCAGAAUGUGAAGACAAACACCUUGAAGCUCACGCAGCCUAUCAGCUGGGACUGACCCACCACGCUGCAGGAAAUUAUGGAGAAGCCAGGAAAUUUUUGACCAUCUCCGUGCGGAUCUACGACAUGUUUAUGGAUUCAGACGGACUUGGAAAAACAUACAAGGCGAUGGCAAAGCUGUUGGCAAACGAGGGAAACAUUGAAGAAACCAUCCAGUGUCUGGAGAAGUUGGUCGACGUAUCUGGCAGGAAAGGGCUCGAACAAAAUUUGGCUGAUGCCUGUAUGAGUCUUGGAAAUAUCUACCUCACCUGGAAUGAGUUGGACAAAGCGGCUGAGUACUUCCAGCAAGGUUAUGAGUCUGCAUGUGGUGCAGGAGACGUGUCGUUGUUGCAGAGAGCACAGGUGUCGCUUGCUUGCGCCCGCGGUCACUCACUAAUUAAGAAAUAUGCUGCUGACGUGGUGUCUGGGACGCCUGCGGCAAUACAGCGGCUGCUUCGAUGGAAAAAGAGCCAGGAGUGUGGCGCCUCGUGGAGAUCUGCUGAUGACUGA